AUGGUGGACGAGACUGGCAGGAAAAUUCCCGAUACCUGCAGCUUGAUUCCUGUUUCAGAUGAAGAAAACGGCUCUUGUUCAAAUCAUAGAAGGCCUGCAGGAUGGAAAGCUGUUCCUUUCGUAUUAGCAAAUGCAACGUUCGAGAGACUUGCGUCGUACGGAUUGAUGGCGAAUUUUAUGGUGUACCUACAGAGGGAGUAUCACAUGAACCAGAUUCAGGCAGCUACCAUCCUUAACGCCUGGUCAGGCGCGUCGAACUUUGCGCCGGUUGUUGGAGCGUAUGUCUCCGAUUCAUUCAUCGGCAAAUUUUGGACCAUCGUUCUUGGAUCCUUUGCAUCUCUAUUGGGAAUGAUGAUCAUGACGUUAACAGCUUUAUUACCGUGGCUGCGGCCUCCGCCUUGCACCGGCGAAGAACUUAAACACGGCCAAUGCAUGCCCUACAAUAACGAGCAACUUGGCGUUCUGAUCGCCAGCUUAUGCUGGUUGUCCAUCGGCACCGGUGGAAUCAAACCCUGCUGUAUUCCCUUCAGUGUCGAUCAAUUCGAUUUGACGACGGAAGAAGGCCGGAAAGGAAACAACAGUUUCUACAAUUUAUACUACACCACUCAAACAAUCGUCUUGAUGAUCACUCAAACUAUUGUCGUCUAUAUCCAAAAUGAUGUUAGCUGGGCGUUAGGGUUUGGGAUCCCAACGCUUUGCAUGAUCUUCUCAAUCGUUUUGUUCUUCAUCGGAACAAAAGUUUACGUGUACAUAAGGCCGGAAGGAAGUAUUUUCACCGGUGUCGCACAAGUUUUCGUCGUUGCUUAUAGAAAACGUCGGCUUUAUCUUCCGGUCGACGGAGUUGGUGACCGAUUCUAUGAUCCUCUAUUGACGAGAAGCUUGCUUAGGGUUAAAGAACUUCAUCUCACUACACAGUACAGUUUCUUAAACAAAUCGGCUCUAGUGAUGGCUGAUGAAGUGAACUCAGAUGGUUCAUGUGUAAAUCCAUGGCGGUUAUGUACUAUCCAACAAGUCGAAGAUGUUAAAUGCCUUUUAAACAUCAUCCCAAUAUGGCUAACCAGCAUCCUCGGCUUCCUCGCCAUGAAUCAACAAGGUACGUUCACCGUCGCCCAAGCCCUAAAAAUGGACCUCAGAUUCGGUUCCCUCUUUAAAAUCCCCGCCGGUUCGAUCGGCAUCGUUACACUCAUCGCCAUCGCCAUAUGGCUACCGUUCUACGACCGAGUCCUGGUUCCAGCCAUCGAGAAAAUCACGAAACUCGAAGGCGGGAUAACGGUCCUUCAACGGAUGGGGAUCGGAAACCUUUUCUCGGUCCUAACGAUGCUGGUUUCGGGACUCAUCGAAAUGAAACGAAGAAGCUCGGCCCUUUCCCACGGUGGCGCAGACGGAGUUUCUCCCAUGUCGGUCAUGUGGUUAGCACCGCAGCUCAUCCUUAUUGGCUUCUCGGAGAUCUUCAGUAUCGUGGGACUCAUCGAGUUUUACAACAGACAGUUCCCUGAGAAUAUGAGAAGCAUUGGGAAUUCACUGAUUUACUUGACGUUUUCAUUGGCGAGUUACGCGAGCAACUGGGUGAUCGCUAUUGUUGAUGAUGUUACGGGGAGAGAUGGAACCAGCUGGUUGACGGAUGACAUAAACACGAGCAAAUUGGAUAAAUUUUACUUCUUGAUAGCUGGGAUUUCUUUGCUCAACUUUGUCUUCUUCAUGUUUGGAGCUCGAAGGUAUCAUUACAAGGGCAGUGUUACAAUCGUGUAG